UAAAUUGCUGUUUUGUGUUUUUACAUAACUCUAAUUGUACAGUAAUUGUUGUAACAGUUUAAAAUGUUUGUUAUUAUAGAUAUAAAUAAAAAUGAAACCAAAAUUUAGCUUAAAAGUAGCAGCGAAUGCAAACUCUGUAAUUAAAAAGCCAAGAAAUAAAUCUGAAGCAGCUAUAAAAGCAAUUUAACCGAGAUGAAACAAACAAACAAAUAAACAAACAAAUAAACAAAGAAACAAACAAAUAAACAAACAAACAAAUAAACAAAGCUGUACAGUGGUGGAAAUUAAUGGAAAACGAGGAUAUUCUGCAUUAUCAACAGGUUAGUUUCCAUUAAUAAAAAGCAAAAUUGUGAUUGAUAAGCGAUUAGAUAAUCUAGUUCUUACAGGAAAUGAAAAAAAACAAUGUAAUGAUACUAACCACUGAAGAAGAAGAUAUUAUUGUUGAGUAUGUGGGCUGUAAAAAUCAAGCUUACCAAGGUAUGAACAGAAAAAAAUUAACAAAUCUUAUUAUGGAUGUGUUAAAAAUUCGAGAUCAUGCCAACAAAAGAUGAAAGGAGGAAGAAAAUUUAUUGCUUUGAUUGCAAGUGGAAGGUAAACUCUUUUGAAAAAAAGGUAAAAAUUUUCUAUUGUAUUAUUAAAUAUAGAAAUUGAAAGUUUCUGUGCCCAUGUCAGUUUAAAACAAAUUUACAGAAAAAAAAACAUCAAAAAUAAAUACAGUGUUCUAUUAUAUAAAUCCCUUAUAUAUAAUACUGUAUUGUACUUUUCAAUAUCUAAACCCCAAAUAAAAUUUGAUCUUGAAAACUGUUAUUUAUUAUCUGUGUAAAUGUAAUUCUUGACAAAUAUAAUUCUUUACUACAGCAUUAAAAAGUUAGUUUUAUAUUUAUUAUAUUUUUAUUUCUAAAACAUGCCAAUGUUUCCUUAAAAAGACAAGGAAUCAUCACUAUGAAAAGAGUCCUUGUGAAAUGCUCUCAUUUAGAUAAUCUUACAAAAGAGUUGGUGAUUUGUGGCAUCAUGGUUGAAGAAAAUCAAAAAGUAUCUGAUCAUUGGACCAGUCAAAUUGACUUAUCUCGGAUCUUCAAUCAUGAUGAAACACCACAGUUUGUUAGCUAUGGCGUUAAUGGUUCACCUAGCAGAUUAUUAUAUGGUGGGCGUGGUGAACGCUGUCAAAAAAUGUUUCGGCAUAAUCGUGAAUGUGUUACAAUAAAUCCAAUGUUGUCAUUAUCUGACACAUUUACACUGCUUAAUAUAUUAUUCAGGUGAAAAAUGCAUUUGUCAUGUAAUAUUUGGUAUUCAAAGAAUUACUAGCCAGAUGACUCCACUAGUUGCUGUUUGAAGUAUUCCAAACUUAUUGAUUUUGACAACAGAGAAUGGAUCGCAAGAUCUCAAAUAACUUGCAUUUUAUAGAUUAUUUGGUAGACAAUCGAAAAAGACAUACUUCGCCCUGUUGUUGUACUGAGCUCUCGCUUAAAUUAUACCUUACUUUGAUUUCUUAGAGAGAAAGAAAUACAUUUAUAUAUAUCACCACCAGACACUAUUAGGAUAACACAGCUUCUUGAACAAAUCAACAAGGCGCUUCAUGAACAUUAUGCAUAUGCAAAAGAAAAUUUGUUUAGUCAACAUCAAACAAUUAAUAGGGAGGCUUUUAUGAUUAUCUUCUGAGACAAAAUUAGAAUUUUUUUUGAAUUUCUGCACUAUAACUUAACUUUUUUCUAAAAGUUAAGUUGGCUUGUUUAUAUUUUGGAAUAUUCAAACAUUUUUUUUGAUUUUGGUUAACAAUAGUUAUCAGCAAUAUAGUUUUUUUGUCCUUUUAAGGGCACUGUCUAUUUAAGGGCACUAUACCUGUAAGUCAUAUGUAAUUGUUACCAUAUACAUAAAGUAAGAUUUUUUUUUGAAAAGAUACAAAACACAAUUUUGA